AUGCAUACGAGAAAGCAUGUAGCCAUGCCUGGAAACUCCUUCUUUUCGGUCUUGCUGUUGUUGACAGCAGCGACUAUUAGAGUUGACGCCUUUUCUUCGUCUACCGUCUUCUAUCGACAGGGUCAAAAGAGCGAUGAGCUUAAGAUUGCCACCACCUUGGCCAAAGAGCUCAUGAAUCCGUUGGGAGUACAGAGCGAACGUUUUGUCGUGGCAACAGAUAGUAGCAACAAUGUGAUUGGCUGGGCACAAAUCAAACUAUUGGGAGAGUUGGCAUCUUCACAACGAGAUCCCUCCAAGUUUGACUCUCGGCCAGGAUCGGUGGACCUGGAGCAGGAACUGGACGAGGCCAUGUGGGAAGAAUUCGAAAAGAACGACAAUAUCCAAGUUCCCAUCGGUUUCAAGUCGUUCCCGUGGACCAAGGAGUAUCGAGCCAUGGAGCAAGGGGUCAAAGAUCGCGACCAAAGAAGAGCCGAGUUGCGGGCACAGCGAGAACGAGAAUUGCAAAACGAGCAGUUGUGGGAACUGUCAUCUGUCUAUGUGGAGUCUUCCUUUCGGGGACAAGGCAUUGGUUCCGAGCUGGUGAAACGAAUUUUGCGAAAGCGAAUCGUAGAGGAUGGAUAUUUGCCGACGAGCAUCUACUUGCUGACAUUGGCGACAACCGUGGAUUGGUAUCAAGAUAACUUUGCCUUUGAAAGCGUGUCUUCCAGCGAUAUUCCAGCACCCAUGGCUUUCGAAGUCACAGCGGGAAACUUUAUCACCAAACUGAUUGGGGCGCAACUCUGCUGCAUGCAAGGGACGCAACAGACUCUUGAGAUUUGCAAGAGUGUUCCAGCCUGGUGA